AUGUUCGGCUUCAUCGCAGACGGCUUGACCGUCGCAACUACAGUUCUCUUCCCCAUAUUCGCAUCCUACAAAGCUCUCCACACCUCCGACCCAGCUCUGCUUGCGCCGUGGCUGAUCUACUUCGUCGUUCUUUCGAUCCUCACGACCGUUGAAAACACAUUCGACUUCGUCCUUAGCUGGGUGCCCUUUUACUCAUGGAUUCGCUUCUUCAUUCACCUGUACCUGAUCAUGCCUGGCUCACAGGGCGCUACGUUCGCGUACCAGGAGUACAUCGAGCCAUUCCUGUACCAGCAUGAGCGCGAGAUCGAUCAUUUCAUAAGCGAGGGUCACGACCGUGGAAAGGCUGCAGGACUGGCAUACCUGGGUAUGGCUAUCGAAUGGGUCAAGGUCAAUGUCAUGGGCUUCGCUCCUGCUAGGCCAGAGUCGCCCAGACCCGCAGGUCAGACAUACGCACAGAACUUGAUGAGCAGAUUCCAGAUGCCUGCUGCCAGAGGAAGUAACGACUUGUACGGCCUGGUCAACCAGGCAUUGAGCGGGGCAAGUGCGCUGUAUGCAGGCAACCAGAGUGGACAGGCUGCGGACCUCAGCCGUAGUGCGAACCUCGUCCCAGACAAUAUCCGCAACAAUGACGACAGGCUCAACUAUGUGACCUCGCAGCGUCAACGUCUUGAGACCCUUCUCCAGGCGUUCGACCGCGAGCAGGAGAACAUUCGUACGCAGCAGUCGAGCGGCAACAGGUAUCACGAGGGUAGUAGAACACCGACUGGUCUCUCAAGAAACAGGAGCGACGCUGAAUUCGACCGUAUCGAGCGCGACGAAGCCAGUCCACGCCCUCCAUACCCUACCACACCACCUCCGCUAGGC